AUGCAGUUCGACCAUUUGUCUCUCGGGGCCGUGAGGGAAUCACUGCUGAGGGGCUGCAACGUGUUUGUACACUGCGAGAAGGGCAUAUCGCGUUCUGUGGCAGUUUGCAUGGCCUAUUUAAUCAUUUAUGAAGGCCACACUUUCCGUUCUUCUUACUUGGCAGUUCGCCGCAACCGCCCCAUAGCUAGACCCAACGUGGGCUUCAUUCAGCAGCUGCUGGAGCUGGAGGCCCGCAUGGGGGCCCCCGGGGGCCCCCGAGGGUCCAGUCGGAGGGGCCCCCAGCAGCCAGCAGCCAGUGCCUUUGCCCGCGGCCAGCGGGAGGCCCCCAAGCAAGCCAGGCAGCGCGAAGCAGCUGCUGCUGCGCAGGCCAGGGGCCCCCAAGGGGGGCCCCCCGACACCCGCAGCGCAGCUGGUGCAGCCCCCAGCAG